AUGCUUUCAUGCCUGUUGUCUCUACCCAGACAUCCCAUGCAGGAACAUGAGAAACCACACAGAGCUAACAGAGUUCAUCCUACUGGGAAUACCCCAGACACAAGGACUGGAGACUGUGCUCUUGGUCAUCUUCUCAUUCAUUUACCUCUUUACCCUGCUCGGCAAUUUGCUCAUCCUUACAGCAAUUGUUUCUUCCUCUAGUCUGCACACCCCCAUGUAUUUUUUCUUGGGACUCCUAUCUAGUUUUGACAUGUUGUUCCCGUCUGUAACCUGUCCCAAGAUGUUAUUCUAUCUCUCUGGCCAGAGCCACGCCAUUUCUUAUAAGGGAUGUGCUGCACAGCUCUUCUUCUACCAUCUCCUGGGGUCCGCCGAAGGCUGCCUCUACUCUGUGAUGGCUUAUGAUCGCUUUGUUGCCAUCUGUCACCCGCUGAGGUAUACCCUCAUCAUGAGACCUGGAGUCUGUGUCAGUCUGGUCACAGGAGCCUGGCUGGUGGGUUGUCUUCAUGCCACCAUCCUGACCUCCUUCACCUUCCAGUUACCGUACUGUGGCCACAAUCGGGUGGACUACUUCUUCUGUGACAUUCCUGCCGUCUUACCCCUGGCUUGUGGUGACAGCUCCAUGGCCCAGAAAGUGGGUUCUACUAAUGUUGGCUUUCUGGCUUUAAUUCUUUGGCUCAGUGUUUGCAUCUCCUACACAUGCAUCGGGAUUGCCAUUUGGCGAAUCCAAUCAUCAGAGGGAAGACAGAAAGCUUUCUCGACGUGCAGUGCACACCUCACUGCAAUCCUCUGUGCGUAUGGGCCUGUGAUCAUCAUCUACCUGCAGCCCACACCCAACCCCUUUCUUGGUGCCAUGGUGCAAAUAUUAAACAAUAUUGUCUCACCCAUGCUGAACUCAUUAAUCUAUUCUUUAAGGAACAGGGAAGUGAAAAGUUCCCUGAAAAGAGUGUUCCACAAUGUAGUACUUACAUUCCUGGGAUAAGUUAAGGGUUUUGUAAUGGAUUUUGG